AUGUCAGUGAUGGACAAACUUGGCAAUGCUUCGUGGGUCCACCAGCAGGAAGCAGAAGAUCCAUUCAAAUACCUGAACAGCACGGAGGACUACCUGGCCUACAUCUGUGGACCUCGGCGCAGCCCCUUCUCCCUGCCGGUGUCUGCAGUGUAUGCGCUGAUUUUCACGGUGGGGGUCGUGGGCAAUCUCCUUGUGUGCCUGGUGAUUCUUCGGCACCAGACUAUGAGGACACCCACUAACUACUACCUCUUCAGCCUGGCUGUCUCUGACCUCCUGGUCCUGCUGCUGGGGAUGCCCCUGGAAGUCUAUGAGAUGUGGCACAACUACCCCUUCCUAUUUGGGUCAGUGGGCUGCUACUUCAAGACUGCCCUCUUUGAGACCGUGUGCUUCGCCUCCAUCCUUAGCGUCACCACGGUCAGUGUGGAGCGUUAUGUGGCUGUCGUCCACCCUUUCCGAGCCAAGAUGGAGAGAACGGGGCGGCGGGCCCUCAGAGUCGUGGGCAUUGUCUGGGGCUUCUCCAUUGCCUUCUCUCUGCCCAACACCAGCAUCCACGGCAUCAAGCUCCACUACUUCCCCAAUGGGUCCCUGGUGCCUGGCUCUGCCACCUGUACUGUCACAAAGCCCAUAUGGAUCUACAAUUUCAUCAUCCAGGUCACCUCCUUCGUCUUCUACAUCCUCCCCAUGACCCUCAUCAGUGUCCUCUACUUCCUCAUGGGGCUCAGACUGAAGAAAGAUGAAUCCUUUGAGGCAGAUGAAGUGACUGCAAACUUUCACAGACCCUCCAGAAAACCAAUCACCAAGAUGUUGCUUGUCUUGGUACUGGUGUUUGCUGUCUGUUGGACCCCAUUCCAUGUUGAUCGACUCUUCUUCAGUUUUGUGGAGAAAUGGACAGAGUCCUUGGCUUCUGUGUUCAACCUCAUCCAUGUGGUGUCAGGUGUCUUCUUCUACCUGAGCUCAGCUGUUAACCCCAUUAUCUACAACUUACUGUCCCGCCGCUUCCGAGCAGCAUUUCGGAACAUCAUCUCUCCAUCCUGCAAAUCGGGAUACUUCCAGGAUCACCCACCUGCCCAGAGGAACAUCUUCUUGACAGAAUGCCACCCAGAUCUGACCAAAGAUGCAGGUCCCCAGUUCCCUUGUCAGUCAUCCAUUUGCAACUUGCCCCUCUCCACAGCCCUCUGCACUGAGCAAGCAAAUGGAAGUUGCUCCCAGAGGCAACACCUUUAA